AUGAAGGCCAUCUUUGCCAACUUUGGACGGCGAACCAACGUGGAUCGCAAGGAUCCGUCGUUCGAGGUCGCCUCCAAGACGCCGCUAGGCACACCGUCCAAAGAGGCGCCCCGCGUUCACGCCAUCUAUGCUUCCUUGGACACCGCAGCUAGCGCCAUUGGAGACGUCCCUUCAACAGCACCGGGCUCGAACCGCUAUCGUACCGAUCGCCUCCAACACCACAGCGAUGCGCAUACGGGUCCACCGAAUGCAUGGUCUGCAAGGCUCUCCGGAUCUCUCCGCAGUGCCAGCAUUCGCCGCAAGCCGCUUCAAGCGGCCGACACCAACGAUGCUUCUGCCAGGUUGAAGCCAGCAUCUCGAUCGGCACAUCCGCCAUCGAGCUACAAGAUGCCGCACUCCCAACCACUCGAUCGAGGUGCCGACAGCCCCGCCCUGCUGAGGAAGACGUCCACGACCAGCAAGCGGAGCGCUCCAAAGCAGGUCUCAUCUUCCCUUGCAGACCGUGGCCUUGUCAGCGACAGUCUGGACUUCCCUCACGUCUCGGGGUCCGACCCAAGCGCAAGGUCCGCGGCCCACCUACACGUCGAUGUGCCUUCCAUGUCCUCUGCAGACUUGGCGGGCCGGCUCGACGAGCUCGCUGUUGCCAACGCCGAUGGUCUUCUCACCGACGACGAGUAUCGAACGCUGCGACAGGCGGUGUUCGACCGCAUGCUCCAGGCCGACAAGCAUCUCAUGUCUGCGCCUUCGGAUCGUGAUCUCAGCGGUUCCGGCCUGCCCGACCACGUUCUGGGCAAGCCAGCACCAAGCCCUCCGAAUGGAUCUGCUCGUCACGCGCACAGCUCAUCAGAUCAUCUCGCGGUCAGCCGCGCAGACUCGAUGCGCGGCCAGGCAGAGCGACCGGGCUCUUCCAUUCGCAGUGGCCAAAGUGCGACGUCUUCGAGUCUGCAACACGCCUCGAACUUCCUCAAGAAGAGCGUCGGUGCUACCAAGACGCACAACCACAACGGCCCUUCCAGCGGGGGUUUCGACGCGAGUGUAACAAGCGAUACGGCUCGCAAUGGAACAUUGCGGCGCGACUCGGAAGGCAAGUCGUCGCAGUUGUCCAGUGGUGAUGGUCACUCGCAGCGUGCCUUGUCGUCGCGCACACAGCGUUCGUCCGGUGCCAAGUCGUCGCGCCUCUCGACGCUGGGACGUCUGAGGGCGGGGAGCCAGUCGAGGCGGAUGCACGCCGAGACAGCGGCGCGCGAGCUCGAAGAGGCGUUCUCAGCCGAGAGGACUGCGCGCUCGCUGCGUGCCGUGUCGCUGUACGAGACGGGUGCUUCGGAGCAGUCGGCGAUGGGCGGCAUUGCACGCGAGAGGUCGCCGACGUCUUUGCGCGCCGAGAUGGCGCCGACGACGCUGUUCGGCUUCGAGUAUGCGGACAAGUCGUCGGCCGAGAUCCAGGCCGAGAUCGCGGUGGUGCUGGGCGAGGGUAACCGGAUGCUCGACACUUUUGCGGCGCUGGAGCAGACGCUCGUGGCCAAGCACGGUGCGCUGGAGGCUCAGGCGGUGCGCGAGGUGGUGGAGCGGGUGCGCGAGGCUAAUCCGCAGGCGUGCGUGCAUCGGUUUGAGGCGAGUGCACCUCCGCCUUCAUCGUACCGCCAACCGCGCCAGGCGCAUGCGUCGUCGAGCGGGCUUGGUGGCGAGGACGGCGGCGCGUCGAACGAGGCGAGGGCGUUGGAAGCUGAGCUCACGAGCAACUACGCGCAACGCGCCGCCGUAGUCAAGCGAUACCAAGAUCGGCUGGCGUUCCUGCACAGCAAGGCGCGCUCCGCCGCCAUGCGUGAAGGCCUCAAGUGA